AUGGCGACCAUCACCGAGGGCACGUUCAAGCACGGCGAUGCCGGCUUCUACUCCAAGACCUGGACGCCCCGAGGUCCCACCAAGGCCAAGCUCGUCUUCGUGCACGGCUUCAGCGAGCACAUCAAUCGCUACAAUGACUUUUUCCCAGUCCUGGCGGCUCAGGGCAUUCAGGUCUUUGCAUGGGACCAGCGAGGAUGGGGCCGCAGCGUCACCAAGCCUUCGGACAAGGGCCUGACGGGCCCGACGUCGCAGGUACUGGCCGACGUGGCAGCCUUUGUGCAGGACAAGCUGCCCCAGUCGACGGGCGGGGACCAGCAGGAGACGGCGCCCGUCUUCGUCAUGGGCCACUCGAUGGGCGGCGGCGAGAUUCUGAUGCUGGCGAGCGACGCGCAGUACGCCGAGCUGGUGGGCCGCGUGCGCGGCUGGAUCCUCGAAUGCCCGCUGGUCGGCUUCCCGGCGGGCGAAGAGCCCAGCAGCGUCAAGGUGCUGGCGGGUCGCCUCGUGGGCCGUCUCCUGCCCCGGCAGCAACUCAAGCACGUGGUGCCGCCAGAGCAUCUCAGCCGGGAUCAGGCCAUUGUCGAGUCGGUGCGCAACGACGCGCUGUGCCACAACACGGGCACGCUCGAGGGGCUCGCGUCGCUGCUGGACCGCACGGCGAUGCUCUCGUCGGGCCAGGUGCGGCUGGGCAAGCAGGUGCGCAGCGUCUUGCUCGCGCACGGUACGCAGGACAGGGCGUGUAGCUACGAUGCGGCCAUCAAGUUCAUGGAACGACAGCAUGCCGUCGAGGACAAGACGUCGAAGACGUACGACGGGGCGUACCACCAGCUCCAUUCAGACCACUGCAAGGACGACUUCGCCAAGGACCUGCUCGGCUGGAUUCUGGAGCGGUGCCAGGAGAAGGCGGCGUCGUCACCGCAGCUGGAGGCGAAGCUCUGA